AUGGAGGUUGCUUUCUGUGUAGUAACUUCAGGGCCUCUAGAAGAUGCCAUUGAAGAGGAAGAGGAAGAGUGUCCAUCAGAGGAAACAGACAUCGUCUCAAAAGGGGACUUUCCAUUGGAGGAAAGCUUUUCUACAGAAUUUGGGCCUGAAAAUCUGAGCUGUGAAGAAGUGGAAUACUUUUGUAACAAAGGUGAUGAUGAAGGAGUCCAGGAGACGGCAGAAUCAGAUGGGGACACACAGUCAGAAAAGCCCGGCCAGCCUAGAGUUGAGACAGAUGAUUGGGAUGGUCCAGGGGAGCUGGAGGUAUUUCAGAAAGACGGAGAACGGAAAAUCCAGAGUCGGCAGCAACUUCCUGUGGGAACAACCUGGGGGCCAUUUGCUGGGAAGAUGGACCUGAAUAAUAAUUCCUUGAAGACAAAGGCUCAGGUCCCGAUGGUGCUGACGGCUGGUCCCAAGUGGCUACUGGAUGUGACUUGGCAAGGAGUGGAAGACAACCAAAACAACUGCAUUGUGUACAGCAAAGGGGGUCAGCUCUGGUGCACCACGACGAAGGCCAUCUCUGAGGGUGAAGAGCUAAUUGCCUUUGUGGUGGAUUUUGACUCAAGGCUACAAGCUGCCAGUCAGAUGACUCUUGCAGAAGGGAUGUACCCUGCGCGCCUGCUGGACUCGAUUCAGCUGCUUCCUCAGCAAGCUGCCAUGGCUUCUAUUUUGCCUACAGCUAUUGUCAAUAAGGAUAUAUUUCCUUGCAAGUCGUGUGGCAUCUGGUAUCGGAGUGAACGGAAUCUGCAAGCCCAUUUGAUGUACUAUUGCAGUGGGAGGCAAAGAGAAGCUGCUCCGGUGUCAGAAGAGAAUGAAGACAGUGCCCCUCAGAUUUCCAGUCUGUGCCCCUUCCCGCAAUGCACCAAGAGCUUUUCAAAUGCCCGAGCACUAGAAAUGCACCUGAAUUCACACAGUGGAGUGAAAAUGGAAGAAUUCCUCCCCCCUGGUGCUAGUCUAAAAUGCACCGUCUGUAGCUACACCGCCGAUUCCGUGAUUGGCUUCCACCAACACCUGUUCUCGCAUCUCACUCAAGCUGCCUUCCGAUGCAACCACUGCCACUUGGGCUUCCCGACUCAGAGGGAGUUGCUGCAGCACCAGGAGCUCCAUGUCCCUGGGGGCAAACUUCCCAGAGAAAGUGACAGGGAACACUCUCCAAGCGGGACCGAAGAUAGCCUACAGCCAGCUCCAGACUUGCUGACCAGGAGUGAACUCCCCCAGAGCCAAAAGGCCAUGCAGACUAAAGAUGCGAGCUCGGACACCGAGCUGGACAAGUGUGAGAAAAAGACGCAGCUCUUUCUCACUAACCAGAGACCAGAGGUACAGCCUACAACAAACAAACAAAGCUUUUCUUACACAAAAAUAAAGUCUGAGCCCUCGAGUCCAAGGCUUGCCUCAUCUCCGGUUCAGCCUAAUGUUGGGCCUUCUUUCCCCGUGGGCCCUUUCCUAUCUCAGUUUGCUUUCCCUCAAGACAUCACCAUGGUCCCUCAAGCUUCGGAGAUCUUAGCCAAGAUGUCUGAACUGGUCCAUCGGCGCCUGAGGCACGGAAGUAGUAGCUACCCUCCUGUAAUUUACAGCCCCUUGAUGCCCAAGGGGGCUACUUGUUUUGAGUGUAACAUAACCUUUAAUAAUUUGGAUAAUUACCUAGUGCACAAAAAACAUUAUUGCAGCAGCCGAUGGCAGCAGAUGGCCAAGUCCCCAGAGUUCCCUGGUGUUUCAGAGAAGAUGCCUGAGGCCGUGAGCCCCAACACUGGUCAAACCUCCAUAAACCUCCUCAACCCAGCCGCUCAUUCUGCUGAUCCUGAGAAUCCCCUUCUUCAAACGUCCUGCAUCAAUUCUUCCGCCGUUUUAGAUUUAAUUGGGCCAAAUGGGAAGGGCCAUGACAAGGACUUUUCCACUCAAGCGAAGAAGGUCUCCCCCUCUAACAGCAAUGACGAUAAAAUUAACGGAAAACCUGUUGAUGUGAAAAAUCCCGGUGUCCCCCUGGUGGAUGGGGAAAGUGACCCAAAUAAGACUACCUGUGAAGCUUGCAACAUUACCUUCAGCCGGCAUGAAACCUACAUGGUCCACAAACAGUAUUAUUGUGCUACGCGCCACGACCCUCCACUAAAGAGGUCUGCUUCCAACAAAGUGCCUGCCAUGCAGAGAACCAUGCGCACACGCAAGCGAAGGAAGAUGUAUGAGAUGUGCCUACCUGAACAGGAGCAAAGACCUCCCCUGGUCCAACAGCGAUUUCUUGACGUCGCCAACCUCAGCAAUCCUUGUACCUCCACUCAAGAACCCACGGAAGGGCUUGGAGAGUGCUACCACCCAAGAUGCGAUAUCUUUCCGGGAAUUGUCUCAAAGCACUUGGAAACUUCUCUGACGAUCAACAAAUGUGUCCCAGUGUCCAAGUGUGACACCACUCAUUCCAGCGUUUCCUGCCUCGAGAUGGACGUGCCCAUAGAUCUCAGCAAGAAGUGCUUAUCCCAGUCGGAGCGGACGACCACAUCUCCCAAAAGGCUGCUGGACUACCACGAGUGCACUGUGUGCAAGAUCAGCUUCAAUAAAGUCGAGAACUACCUGGCCCACAAGCAGAAUUUCUGCCCCGUCACAGCACAUCAGCGGAACGACCUGGGCCAACUCGACAGCAAAGUAUUUCCGAAUCCAGAAAGCGAACGGAACAGCCCCGAUGUCAGCUAUGAACGAAGCAUCAUAAAAUGUGAGAAAAACGGAAAUCUGAAGCAGCCUUCCCCUAACGGAAACUUAUUUUCCUCCCACUUAGCCACCCUGCAAGGCCUGAAAGUCUUUAGUGAAGCUGCUCAGCUCAUUGCCACAAAAGAAGAAAACAAACAUUUGUUUCUUCCCCAAUGCCUUUACCCCGGAGCAAUAAAGAAGGCAAAAGGAGCUGACCAGCUUUCUCCGUAUUAUGGAAUAAAGCCAAGUGAUUACAUUUCUGGUUCUCUCGUCGUCCAUAACGCUGACCUAGAGCAAAGCACAAAUGCGGAAAACGAAUCUCCGAAAAGCCAGGCUUCCUCGAACGGCUGUGCUGUGCCGAAGAAAGAGUCUCUGCCACUGCUGCCCAAAAACAGAGGCAUGGUCAUAGUUAAUGGCGGACUGAAGCAAGAUGACAGACCUGCUGCCAACCCACAGCAGGAGAACAUUUCCCAGAAUCCUCAGCAUGAAGAUGGCCACAAAUCUCCCUCUUGGAUCUCUGAGAACCCGUUAGCCACGAACGAGAAUGUCUCACCGGGAAUCCCUUCCGCAGACGAACAGUUGUCUAGUAUAGCUAAAGGUGUGAAUGGCGCCACCCAGGCUCCAACCAGUGGGAAAUAUUGCCGGCUGUGUGAUAUUCAGUUCAACAACCUCUCAAACUUUAUAACUCACAAGAAGUUUUAUUGCUCAUCACAUGCGGCAGAACAUGUCAAAUGAGAUAACUUCAUAAAUAAACACCAGUCACCUUUGGUACCAGUGUUUAGUAUGUCGUUCUACCCAGUC